AUGUCCAGCCCGGGUCCUUUCCAGCAAGGACAACUCCCCUCGCCAGGACUGUCCUCCAACAACCCUUUUCGCAACCGGGCCGCGUCGCCCGCCGGCCUUGAUGCCCCCUUUGCCUUGACAACCACCACCUCGCCUUUUGCCGACCCCGCACCGAUGCAGAGACCUGUAUCGCGAAACCCUUUUCUUGACCAGUCUCAGCAGCCACUGAAACCUCCAGCUGCUGUUUCUGACAAAUUGGAGCACAAGUCGCUGUCCGCUGAAGACAUAUUUGGCUCACUCACGCUCGACGACACAAUGCCAAACGACAGGCUGCCCCCAGCGCUGACGGCUCAGCGACGCCCAUCAGACCAGGUCCCCCCCCUUCGGACUGGGGAGUCUCAACAGCCUAGCGACAAGAAUCGACUCGCAAAGCCAGAAGAAGACGCCUCGAGGUCAAGAAAACCAGGACCAGGUCUCCACCCCGGAACAUCGCGUUCUCCUCUGAAGAAACCGGUCCGACGUCCACGACGAAACUCUGACUCCUCUGUUAUGGACUUCAAUGCUCAACCCAUUACAGCCGAGGAAAUGAAAAUAAUUGAGGAGCACCGCAUGCGAGACCGACAACGCCGUGAAAAGACGGCUCGCGAAACAGAGAGCCGGGACAAGGAGAGUCGCGAAAGUCGCGAGCCUCGUAACAAGGAGCGGGCGGGUAAAGGACGGAGCAAGUCUGGUCGCCCAAGCCGACGGAUGGACAUCAUCGACCAGCUGGAUGCAACCAGCAUAUAUGGCACUGGCCUGUUCCACCAUGACGGCCCCUUUGAUGCCUUGAACCCGCAUCGAAAUCGGCACACCAGCAGGCGCGCUCCGAUGCAAGCCUUUCCCAAGGACUCUCUCAACAAUUCACUAGGUGGUGCAGGCCCUCUCAAUCGCAACCCGGAUCAUGCGACCUUCUUGGGUCACGGCACAGACGAAGCCUUCCGCGAUUACGCUGGCGGCGUUAAGAACAAGAAUGGAUACAACUACCCCGGUAGCUCAAGUGCAGAGCCACUCAUCUUUGAUCCCGUCGCUCGUGGAUCCUUGGUCCAUGGAGAUGAGAGUUAUGGUUUAGGUACCUCAACCUUCCUCGAAGGCACGCCUGCCGCACGAAGUGCCAUCGUCCGAAGACAGGCAGAACAGCAGCAAGAGAUAGCUGAUGGCGGUCUGCAACGCAAGAAGUCGUUGGCACAGCGAAUUCGUCACAUCAACAACAAACCCCGAGAUCUGCCUUCUGGACGACUGACAAACCCCGAUGGAGUAUCGACGAAGCGGUCUCCGGACUCUAUUCGCUUUGCUUCCAGUGUAGGCUCCGAACCUAACCCUUUCUUUGCCGAGUUCGCCAAAGGCGAGGAGAGCAUCAGUGUUGGGCCCCGCGGCGGAGCCAAGUCCCCCGCCAGCCCGCCGGCAUCAGCAUUGGAGCGACGAGCCACUACGGACGCGAUGACGCAAGGGGAGGACAGUCCUCCUGCCAAGUCAACCGGUCUUCUGGGUCGAAUGAAGAGUUUGAAGGGUGGACGAAGGCCUAAGAACACGGACACCAGCUCUCAACCUGCAGGGUCUGGAAUGGCGAUGUGA